AUGAACUUUGCUGCCCAGUUAUUCUACUCAAGCUACUUGAAUGAGCGACUGGAGCGAUUGUUUUCACCAAAGCCUGCAAUUAAAGACACAGAAGAAAAUGACCCCUUUUGGCACAGAGAGGAGUUGCGUCUGGGCCCUGCAGAUCCAGGUGACUCUUUCAAAGGAGUUCAGUUCAGUAAUGGCGCCGUGGGCCGCAGACCGACCCUCAUUGAACCAGAAAGGCUGAAGGACUUUGGUGAAGAGGAACUCCUUAACGGGGACGUCAAGGUCCGCGAACCCAGGGUGGUGGUCGAAGCGCCUGUAAUCACACUAAUGGAACCGCCAAAAACCAGACGAGUCAGUGAGUUCAGGAUCGUCCCCAGACCGGCUCCUCUGUACCUUCGCUUCGAGGACAUUAGCGCUGCCGCCUUCACCAUCCAAUCGGCGAUACAGAAGACGCCCUGCACAUACUCUCGGCUAUCCAAACAGUAUAGCAUGGAGAUUUAUCUGAAGAAGGAGCACCUUCACUAUACAGGCUCAGUGAAGGAGAGAGGAGCGUUGUACCUGCUAUCGUCCCUCACACAGGACCAGCAGAGGAAGGGUGUGAUUGUUGCCACUGACUGUAACUUCUCCAUGGCUGUGGCCCACCAUGCAGUGGAGCUGAAGAUCCCAGUGUUUGCCAUCAUGCCGUCAUGUUGUUCGUCGCCUCGUUUAAGGAUCUACAGAGACUACGGUGCCAUGGUCAUUUCCUAUGGCAGCACCAGUCACGACUCUAAGAACCACGCCCGCCAUCUGGCCAACGACAAUGGAUACCUCUACUUGGAAGAGGAUGAAAGUGCGACCUACCUCGCAGGACUGGGCACAGUGGGCAUGGAGAUCUACGAACAAGUGCCCAAGCUUGAUGCGGUGGUGGUACCUGCAGCUGGACAGUAUGGUUUACUGGCAGGCACAGCGGCAGCCAUUAAGCAUCUCAGCUCAAACAUUCUUGUCAUAGGAAUAGAACCUGAAGGUUUCCCUUUGCUGUUGCAAUCUCUGAAGACAGAUGGCCCCAUCAAAGACAUUCACAGCAACCCCAACACCAAACUAUAUGGAGAUCUCAUGGAGUGCUCGCUAGGUAACAACACCUUCCAGCUGGCAAAGAAACUAGUAGAUAAAGUCAUCUCUGUGAGUGAGGAGGAUUCUUUAGUGGCAAUGUUGAGGUUUCAAGAGUUUGAACGCUCCACUGUGGACACAGAGGGAGCCAUGGGAUUGGCUGCCAUUUUAGCUGGACAACUGCCAGAACUGAGAGGCAAAAGGGUGGCAGUGGUGGUGAGCAGCGCAAACAUGGAACUGGAUCUGGUGAGGCAGUGUGUGGACCGAGCUCUGGUGCUGGAAGAUCGUGUCAGCAAGUUUUCAGUGCAGCUGGGAGAAUGGCCGGGAGACAUGGCCAAGCUGCUGGACCUCCUGUCCAGAGAGGACGUCAGGUUGUUGGACGUCAGCCAUCGGAGGCAUAGUGACAAGUCGGACCUUUUCAAGGCAAAGGUGGAGUGUGUGGUGGAAACCAGAGAUAAGACGCAAAGCGCUCAGCUGCGGAAGACACUGAGCGAGCGCUACCCGUCUCUAUGCUGGCUGGAGCGAUGA